GGCAAAGCCACAUGAUGAUUGCCACUGUUCGUGACAUCACACACAUGUACCUCCUAUUGUACUGUAACUAGCAUUGGUGGGGGGCCCAUCGACGGGUGCCAGUAACAGUCAAAACAUGCUGUAUGUACUACUUCUACUAGAAGUCUUGAUGUUGAUGCUGACGAUGCAUGACGCACCUAAGCGGGACAGAGGCACGACUAGAGGGAGAGAUUUAUCUUACUAACCAUUAUAUACAUACAUAUAUAUAUACACACGCAUAUAUAUAUAUGAGCAUACAAAGCAAAAAAAAGGGAAGAUACAACAAAUCGUCACACAUAUAUCUAUACAACAAAGAAAAAACAACACACAUAUAUAUAUAUAUAUACAUACAUAAAUUAUUAUUAUAUAAAGAGUGUGAAAAGUGAAUGCAGGGCAGAGCGGUACUAUUCCCAGUACGUAUUUUAAGCUACCUACCCCACAGCACAGCACAACACUGGAGCUGAUAAUGAUGAUUAUGAUUAAUCCGUUGACGGUGUUUAGUGGACUGUUGAAAUGUGUGAAUUGAAAAGUAUAUAUUUUGCGGAGUGGUGUUCUAGCGAGAGAGAGAGAGAAAGAGAUACGCAGGCAGUAGUAGCCGGGGUAACGGCGUGUUGCUAGGUUGCAAGGGAAACCAGCAGAUUGACACAUCAUCAUCGCUUCUAGAAAGCAUAGCAUAACCUGCUCAGGUACGCAGCUAUAUCAUCGGCCAUAGUAGGCGAGUUAGUAGGCGGUGACGUCGGUCAACGGCGAUCGCCAGGGAUCAGGGAAUAAGGGGAAUUGUUUACGAGUGCAGAAGGGAGGUCGGCCUCAGAGAGGUAGAUGAAUGGCAUAUAAAUAUAUAUCUUUUGAUUCUCGCACUGUGUUGCAGCGGACCGGGUGGGUCCGGUUGCGUCGGCUUUCUCGGUCUUCGUGAACCUUGCCGGAGUAGCCGGAUUCGGUCGUAUCGCUCCCGAUACAUACUCACCAAUCUGCUAUGCGACCGUACGUACGACCAUGCCACGAGUAAUUGUUCGAUGAAAAUGUGUACUUUACAUACUUAAAAGUGACAAAAGUUAUGCUUAUUCCCCCUCCCAAAAAUCACACUCUUUUCCCCCAAAAAUUUUACCCAACAUAGUGAUUUGAUGUGUCUGACUCUUCGUAUGCAUGUUAUUACAAAAGUAACACAAAAAAACCAAACAAAUUGUAAGAUCCCAACAAAACGCAUCUUAGCGAGUUAGGAUUAUGUAACAUUUAAGAAAACAAAACAAUUGAGUCUCCCGAUCCGGAUAGCUAUCGUGAGGGCUCCAUCGAUCGUUGGCCGAAACUCGAACCACCUCGUCCGUACCCGCAUUUCACGUCGAUAGCAGCACUCAACCCUCAACUCCAGCCUGUUGAGGGCUUUGGGCUGCACCGGCCAGCGGUACGGCACGUCGCGGCUGUCGGAUCGAUAGGAGAAAGCAUCUCACAGCAGCGGUACCUCGCCAAGAAGUGGUUCCUCUUCCGUGCCGUAGGUUCCAUUUUGGAGUUCCAACAGAUCCGCCUAUUCAAUCAGCUCUGCCUGCUGUUUGGCCCUCGAGGGGGGGCAUUCCAUUUCCAAUCCACUUCGCACAAGGCGCUAGGUGCAUCCGCAGGGAUGCCUAGGAGAACACACUGCUCUAAAGGAGCCAUGGAGUCCAGAAAACGAAAUGUAACAUCUAUCCUAACCAUCACGUGACGAGACUCACGACGAUACCGCGCGGAUGCGUUAUGCACGUUUGACGGUUCCAAAACGGACCCACCGGAACGGAGAGAACCGCCCCUGGGAGUUGGGUGACCGCAUUUUGGGGUAGGACCUAGGUACGUUUACCUCACUGUGAAGGACGUACCAUAAACAUCUAUAUAGAUAUACAUAUACAUAUGGCGGCGUUGGUGAUUUGUUUACACUUUACAAAAGGGCGAAAAUGAGAAAAAAUAAAUGAAAAGGUAAAACAUCUUAAGAAGCACGAUGAUCAUCAAAAGACGAAGGAUAACAUGAAAACUGCUAAGAACCGACGGUGAAAGAAAGGGAAUGUCAAACAGAGACGCAGGAUAUUGACAAACGAAAUCGAAUCGAAUUCAGAGACUGAGUAAACCCAUUGGAAAACCAACAAAUAAAACGUUAAAACAGAGAUAAGAUUAAAACAUUUCCUCGGCACCGUUUCUGUUGCGCUUCAGACGAUUGUUUAAAGACAGAGGAAGGUACUAUUAUUCAAUUCAAUACACACCUAAGAGUAACACACACAGGACCGGCAAACAACAAAAGUAACAAUAAAACUGGAUUGCGUUGGAUGGAUACAGUCUGCAAAACAGAACCUUAUUCCUGGUAGUUACUAGUUAGUUCAUGUGUAGUGGCGUGCGCGCGGUUUUAGAACGCUUGUUUUAUGUUUGAGUUUAUUUGGUUGGAUGAGAAAGCGUCGAGAGAUGCUUUUCUCGAUCCCGGAUCCUACACCCCGGAAACUUAGAUCGGAUUCUUUCAAAACGUACACUAUAGAGCGAACGAUUUUACGAUACCCGACAACAAUGCAUUGAGAAGAAAUACGGCCAAUACGAUGGAUGGAUGAACGUGAAGGAACUGUACGAAACAAAUCUGUCAUGGAUCGCAUAAAUGCAGCAUUUUUUGAGCUAUUUCACAGCAUAAAUGAUAUAGAUAUAUAUUAUACAUAUAUAUACAUACAUAGAUAUACAUAUACAUAUACAUUAUUGCAACAAAAACAACUGAAACCGAAAGGAGAACACAUUGCAUCGUGAGAGAGCUCCGAUCGCGAUCCAGAAUUAACACAAAAAACUUGGACUCCAGCAAAGCAAAGCGAUCAAGCGAUCUUACCAUCUUCUUACCAUUAUGUAUUAUACAUAUAUACAGCAUAUAACUAUGCAACAAUCAUAUUAUUGUAUACAGAGCCAGUAGCCAACUCAUUGAACACGUUUAGGCGGUGCGCGAACUGUGCGUGUCCCAUUCGUUGUGUCACAUCCCUGUUCCAGUCCCCCCACCAGUAGUAGGCAGCAACCGACACAUUAAAACGGGCGGAGAAAACAUAACACAGAAGGUGUAUUCUACAGAACUUACAUAGCACAGCAGCAGAGCAGGUAAAGUAAACAUUUCCAAAACAAAAACGCAAAUAGAACAAGCGCACUUUAAACCAAAUACGGGAUUGCAGAGAAACAGAAGAAGACAGUAGUAGGAGAAACGUGCAGGGGAUGAAGCGAAGAGAGCAGGAAAGAUGCCUAUUUAUAUUUAAAUUUUUCGUGACUGUGUAUUGCAAGAAGUAGUCUCCACAAGAAAGAUGGAAAGGAUAUCAUUUCGAAACUCCCAUCUGCACCCAUGAAAACGUACCGCGAGCAUACCUGUGUACCGCAUAGGUGCACAGGUCCAUGCCUGAACUUUACAGCACCUUAACGAAGCAUCAUCAACAACUGACAGAGUGAACGCAGAGAGUAUGCAAGAGAAAUAUAGAUAUACUUAUUAUGUACACAUAAUAUGGUAAACCAAACAGAGAUCCAGUAUCUGUACACUAUUUACUGUUGUCCCGUUGUCUCGUUUUCACUAAUUACCAGUACUAUUACUACUACUACUACUACAACUACCGCUACUCAAACACGCGAUGUAAAAAGAAAAUGAGUAACCGUACAAAUCCACAAACUUCUGCUGUGCACAGCACGCCGCCGGUCCCAGGAGCGCGGAACGACCAAAGGCGCGACAGACAGAGAGAUUACUACUGGAAGCGAAGACGAAAUCAUCAUCAAUUCUGCAUGUGGCUUAGUGGUUGUGCAUACAGCAGCUCAUGGUGGCAAGUAGAACGGGGAGCGGGAGGAAGGUAGCUAGACUAGAAGCCUUCUGGAGGCUUCCACCGGUGAUCGCCAAGCGAACACUACGGAGCGCUCCGCUCAGCAGAGGAUAUGGAUGUGAAGGAAGGAUUGAAUCACUACUUACUGAGGUUAAUUAAAUUGUAAAAAAAAUAAAACGUGUACUCGGGCUCCGUAGGAUUAUCGUGCCGAAGGUUAUCGAGGGGUCAUCCUUACACAACUCCCACAGGAUCUAAGUGAGGCGCGGGCGAUAGGAGACGAGCGCGAUGUGUCAUGUAACUUGAGCGUCCUUUUCGGCGGAAUGGGGUAUAUGGGAAAUAUCUUUCAGAUGUAACUUUGAAACCUUAGGAAAACUCUUUUUAACUUUAAAUUGAAACGGAUGAGCAGCUACCAAAGAUAAGUAAUAUACACUGAUACACAUUCAAACAUACACCGACACAUACACACAAAACCACUCUUAUGGGAUCGGUACGAUCAGCAGCUAGGUGGAGAGGAAGUGGUAGAAGCGAAUUUUAAUCCGAAAACCCACUCACCCCGUAGAUGCCUAGAACGACUUUCCCUUUCACAUUUCCCUUGCAGUCACAAUCGGCGCUGGCCUCAAUUCACCAGUACGCCAAUUAUGUCCGUGUCCAGACUUAACAAGAAAGAGACUUAGAGCGAGAGAGAGAGAGCCAUAUUGAAAUCCCUUGAUACAGUCCGAUUAUUAUAAAGUUGAAGCAUGAAAUUGAUUUGUAGCUGCCGAAUGCAAAGCAGAGACAAUUUUACUCCAGUUCAGUUCAUCCAUUGUUCCACUUUGCACUGAAUCAAGAAGCACACUUACUCCCCAAUUCAUAACAAAGGAGUUCCAACAAAUAAUUGUAAUUCAAUAAUAUGUGCCGAAUGUGCUAUGAUGUCUACUCGUCAUGCUUUUGCGCCCGGAACGUGCUCCAUGUAUGUAUAAGCGACAGUGCACUGGCCGGCAUCGGUCACCACGUUUUGUUGAAGUCAGCUUAAAGCUGAAAUAGGCGUUUGUACCAAACAUUUCUUGGAUUGAUUCGCAAAAAAAUAAUUUAUUAAAGGAACGUCCGGAGUCCGAAGACCCCAAUGGACAUUGCGGUACGUUAUCUUGAAUUUGCAACGGAUUACCAGCAUUUCUCACGUCUCCCUAACACACGUCUCUUCGGGAUUCACGUCCCUGUUGGAUCAAAAAUAUAGAACACUAUUUGUACUUAUGUUUUAUUUUCAUAAC